AGGAAGAGGAGGCGAAGGAAAGCGGGGCCGGACCAGCGCAGGGGAGGGGAAAUCCAGGCACCAGGAGUCCCGGGCGGACGAGGGGAGGAGCCUCUUCAAACUUGUCGAGAAGCCGCGGGACUGAUCCGGCUGGAACUGUGUUCGGAGCGGCGGAGCGGCACCAUGGAGGCGGCCCCGCGAGAUCACUUGCAAAGUCUCUACUGUGACCAUCAUGGCCAUAGUGCAAACCUUGCCUGUCUCCAUUGAAUCUGCCACUGAAGGGGCUUCCCAGCUCUGUACUACUGCCAGCUCAUCUCCUGCAAACAUGGGAAGUGUCAGUAGCCUUAUUUCAGGCCGGCCUUGCCAUAAGGCCACCUCUGAGUUUGGUGCUUUCCCCCUGCGUGGAAAUGCUGGCUCCCAAGAGCUUCUGUGCCAUGGACACCCUACGAAGAAGAGCAGCUAUGCUUGCGGCAAUGACGAAGACUGGACUGAAACUGUGUCCCCCAUCAGCCCCUGUAGUGAUGCAGAAGAUCUCCAGGAUGACAAGCCACGGAGUGGUAUCAUCCGUGGACCACCUCCCAAGUUGGUCCCUGUUUCGGGGAAACUUGAGAAGAACAUAGAGAAGACACUAAUUCGCCCCACAGCCUUCAAGCCAGUUAUGCCCAAGAACCGCAACCUCCCACUGCAGAGCCACUUGGUUCUGCGUCCUGGGACUUCGGUGCUCCCUGAGAGCCAAUCCAGCCUAGCCCAGCUCUUUGGUGCCAAUGCUGUAAGCACUACAGAGAAGCUCAGUUCAUUGAGCUGCCGUACCAGCUCCCACUCUGGGACAAUGUCAGACUCUGGGCGUAAUUCCCUCUCCAGCCUUCCCACUUACAGCACUGGGGGCAGCCAGCAAAUAGAGCCACUCAGCGUCUCCAUAGGCCAUGCUAAUCUUGACGGCCAUGGCAGCGGCAGCUCACGCGGUCUUACUGGCCCAUCAAAUUCAGACAGUGGGCGGUCAUCCUCAAGCAAGAGCACGGGUUCCCUGAGUGGCCGUGGGCACCCUUCCUCUGACAGUGGCUCCUGUGGGGGGCGUUCCCCUAUGCACAAUGGCGCGGAUGAAGCCCUCCUUGUCCAUGAACUUGAAGAGAAGCUGCGGGAGCGUGAAGCUGAGCUGCAGCAUUUAAGAGAGAGUCUGGAUGAGAAUGAGGUGGCCAUUUGCCAGGUAUAUGAGGAAAAGCAAAGGCGCUGCGAAGAGGAGAUGGAAGAGCUCCGGCAGGGCUUCAGUGCUAAACUGCAGCAAUCGGCCCAAAAGGCUCAGCGUAGUCAGCAGGUUUUGCAACUACAGAUUUACCAGCUGCAGCAGGAGAAGAAGAAACUCCAGGAGGAUUUUGUGCAGCUGCUGGCUGAGCGUGAGCUGCUGGAGCAACGCUGUGCCACCUUUGAGCGGGAACACACCGAGUUGGGCCCCCGGUUGGAAGAGACCAAGUGGGAGGUUUGCCAGAAGUCAGGUGAGAUCUCAUUACUGAAGCAACAGCUGAAGGAGUCUCAGGCAGAGGUCGUGCAGCGGGGUAAUGAGCUAGUGUUACUCAGGGCCCAACUGAGAGAAGCACGGGCUGAGCUGCAGACGAGCGAAGAACAGGCCUUGAGUUUGCAGGAGAUGGCCCGUACCAAAGCAAUGGAGUUAGAAGUAUGUGCCAACGAGUUGGCCAGGCGCAAGAGUGAAGCAGAGCUGCUACGUGAGAAGGCGGGGAGGUUGGAGCACGAAUUAGAUGCCUUGCGCAGCACUAGUGGAGAACUCUGCCCCCUGUUGGCUGAAUGUGAUGAGGUAAAAGCUCAGCGACAAGCAGCGGAUACCCUGCAGGGUUUGCGUGCACAAGCUGAACGGCUGCGCACAGAGCUAUUGUGUGAGCGACGCCGUGGGGAGGAGCAACAGGAAGUUUUCCAGGCUGAGCGUAUCACUUGGCAAAGUGAGAAGGACAGGGUCAUCCGCUACCAGAAGCAGCUGCAGCACAAUUACAUCCAGAUGUAUCGGCACAAUCGCGAUUUAGAGUGCCAACUUCGCCAUCUCAGUCUUGAACUUGAGGCCCGGGACAUGGAUGAAUAUGAGCUGCAUGGAAGUGAAGGCAUCUGCUUGGAGGAGAUUGCAGCUACUGAGAUCUGAACAUGCCUGUAGAAGCUGUAGUGAAUGGACCACACUGCCGCAAUGGGAUACUGGCCAGGCUGGAGCAUGUUUCUCUGGGAUUUUGUCUGACUGAGCAACUGAGAAUGCAGUGAAUCUCAGAUCAAUAGUGGAAAGAGAUAUCUUUCCAGUUGUAAAUCUCAGUGAUAGAACUUGUUCCAUCACUUAAACUUGGUCAUGAACUCUCAGUAAGUCAACAGUAAUGGCUAUUAAAAGUAGAAUAGAGUGUGAAGUCAGGCAGCUUGCCUUAACUCUAGGAGGUAUAGGAGGACCUGGUUAAAGAUUUCCUGGCCAACCUAGGAGAAGGAGAAUCCAAAUCCUUCCUUUGAAAGCAGCAGCAGCAACCUUUAUUCCAGCAUUUCACUGGAAAUGAAGCGGGAAUAGCCUUUGCUUUUGUAAGGGGCUGUUAAACGCUGCUGCCUUUCAAGUCCCAAUGUUAAUUGGUCUUCUGUAAGACCUUGGGAAUCACCACUUGCCUCUUGCUCUUUGGGCUGGUUGGAGAUGAGGGUAGCAUUGAUGGGAAUGCCAGGAUUGUGUAGAGCACUUUUGCUUCUACUCUGCUCAUCUGUUACCUUUAUGUAAUGACCCAAUGGACUGCCAGCCACCAUUUGCUGAAUUUGGGGAGAUUUGGCUGUUCAACAGCUAAUUAGCUGCUAAUCCAGUUAGAUGCCGGUUUUAGGCUGGCUGAGGAAGCUUUGUCUACAGAAGGCUUUUCUUGGAUUUUUAGUCCACUUCUCUGCUGUAUGUGAAGUAUAUCUUUUUUUAAAAUCCAAACACAUAAAUGCAUACAAUCAAGGCCUGUACUAUGGACCCUGUUACUGUGCAGAUGAAAUACAUUUGCAUUUAUUUCCUUUUUUGCACAUGCAUCCUAUAGUUAUGAAGGGCAAGGACCUUUGUAGGCAGUUCUUUGGCCAGUAGAUGAUGUGGGCCAAAGAAUUGGGGAUAUGGGCAUUAGUCCAAGCUUAUUUCUUUUUAUAGGACAAAAAUGUUAAUAAAUUGUACUAGAUUCAAAGCCGAUUCUCAGGAUUCUAAAUUCUGUUAUUUUUAAAAGCCGAAAAGAAAAGAAGUCCUUGGCUUCUCCCACAUAAAGCUUUGUAGGAAGACCCUAUGCUAAGUUUUUUUUAAAAAGGGAAAGCAUACUGACUCCAAUGCUAUAGAAACAGAGACCCAGCCUCUCUCUCUCUCACCUAACCCCCCUCCCCCCAAAUAUUGCUGCAUCCAUAUUAUUGACUUACCUGAGAGUAAGAGUGCUCACCUCAGUGGGACUUGCUUCACAGUAGGCAUGUGUAAGAGUGUAUUAUAAAAGCCAAAGAUACUUAAAACAGAUCUCAGGAUUUGGUUAUCCCAGGAGCCUAUCUCUAGAUUAUGGCACCAAAAUUUGAUAGAUAAAAUGUUGGAAUUCAGUGUCACUAGAUUUUGUGCACUUAUUUUACUUUCUUUGUUUUUUUAAAAAAAAUCCAGAAUAUUUCUUCCCUUCAACCCUUCAUCCCAGCUCUAUACCAAAUAUUUUGGCUCCACUGCUUCUGUUCCCAUUACUUUGUCAUCACUGUCCUCCUCUCCCUUCUUGAAGGGUGAGUUUUAAAAUAAAGCCUAAGCAUAGCACACCUAUUGGCCGUGAGGGAAUCUGGAUGACUCUACUUCCUCUUACUUUUCUGCCCUUGGUUGGAACGCUACUCAGAGUGUCUUUCUCAUGACUUUGCUUGCCUGAGUAUGUCUCUCUCGCCACUCACCUUCAUCCAGCCUCUAUCUGUUUGCCCAACAACAUCCAUGUCCUGUUUGUUUGAGGGUCAAAGAUGGCUGAGUUUAAAUCUCCUGCAUUUCCCUAAUAAUAGUCUUGAUUCCUUCUACAAUAUCCUCUAUAUUUCCAGAAGCUCCAUUUCCCAGGCAUCCAUAUUCCCUUCCCAUCAUUUUUGCAAGAUCUAGUCCAGUCUGAACCAUGGUCAUUGUGAAGUCCUACAAAUGUUUGCAGGGCAGUCUAUCCUGUUGGGAUACAAUAACUAGUUUUGUAAUCUGCUCAAGACUAAUUGCAAACCAGAGUAUGAUUCCUAGUCUGUGCAGCUUCCUCUCCUUUAAAGCUCUCCAUGCAUUUGUACUCAGAAUCAAGUUUAUUGAUUGCAUUUAGAUAGAAUAACUUCAGUGGGUACUCAGUCCGGACCUACUGUUGAUUUUCUACCCUCACAUGCCAGUGACAAAUGCAAGGAGCUCCUUUCAAAGAAAAGAAGUUCUGUUUGUAGAGGGUAAUGUUGACCUACCCAAUCUUCUAGAAAGAAAGAUGUGGGGGCUACUAGAUUGUUACCUGACCUCCUCUUUGUCUUCCAGUAUAUGCUCAGGAGAAAAUGGUCAGUGAAAGAGGGUAAGUCAAAAUUGUGGACUGCAGAAAAGCCAUUCCCAAAGGAAUUGGGCUGACAAAAUAGCCAGUUAACUACAGUUUGAAGUGCUCUCUUUCCUGGAGAGAGGUGAGUUCUCUUUUCAGGCUAAGUAAACAAACUUCCUUGAGGUUAUAAGAGGCUGAAGAGAUUUGGAUCAGUGGGUUGAAUAAAGGACCCUGACAGCAGGUUUUAUAUUUUGGUUCCAACCCAUGAGAAUCAAACCAGACAGUGCAAGGCAUGCUCACUGUGUCAGCUUGGUUAGAUUUUGUUAGCCUUUUUCCUCUGGCUAUAAAAAAGUCAACUGCCCAGAAUUGGUGCUUUGGCUGGGAAGCAGCCAAAGUACAGCAUACUGCAGUUUUGACAUCCUAUUUAGGCCAAUCCGGGAAGAAUUGCCAUAUUGCUAGAAUAGAGAGCAGCUGCUUUCUGUUAGCUUAGUGUAACUUUUGCUUCAGGUCUUCUUGUUCUUCUUUAUGCAAAAAGGAACAGAUAGAAAAAAAUGUGAAGGGUGUAGCCCAGCUAGAGUUUGGGACUAUUUGCAAGAAGAUGAUGGCAUUUAGCUACACUCUGGAAAUUAUGUGCAUUCCAAGAGAAGAGGCAAUCUCAGUUCACUUCUGGACAUUGUUCCCUUUCCCUCCACUAUUACGAGAGCUUGCAAAAUGGGUGUGUUGACACAACACCAUUAGACCAAAGGAAAAGCUUGGUGCAUGUCAUUUCUAUAACUAUUAGCAACCUAUACCUCUCGCUUAACCCACUUUAAGCACCACUGUAUAUUUUUCUUUUACUUUAUUUUUGAAAUUGUAUAUUUUCCAGGUGGUGUAAAUUUCUUGUACAAACCAAAAGAAAAGUGUGAAAUAAAUAAAAAAAACCUAAGAAAU